AUGGAUGACUUGGAAUUUGCUCUGGAGGAGAUUAUUGCCAUGAUUCUGAUGAAGAUGAAGGAGACCAUGGAGGCCUUUCUUGGCAAGAAGGUCACCCAUGCAGUAGUGAAUCGAGCCACCAAGGAUGCUGGUACAAUUGCUGGGUUAAAUAUUCUUUGUAUCAUUAACAAGCCCACCACUGCUGCUAGCACCAAUAAGAAGGGUGAUCUUGGAGGAACUUUCAAUGUUUCUUUGCUUUCGAUUGAUGACAGUGCCUUCAAGGUCUUGGCAACUGCUGGUGAUACCCACCUUGGCGCUGAAUGUCACUUGCUGUGA